CAUGAAAAUAUUGUGGCGCGAGGUACAAAUUUGGCGCGGAAAUGCUUGAACGAAUUAUGCUCAAAUUUUCAACAAAAUGAGCAAGAAAUCCGAAGAGGAAGCAUCAGAUGCAGUGUUAGCGUAUCUCACAAAACAAAACAGACCCUACAGCGCCGUUGAUAUCUUCUCAAAUCUGCACAAAGAGUAUGGAAAAACGGCUGUGCAACGGAGUCUGGAAAAACUUGGUAGUAAAGGCAUUAUAACUGAGAAGAUAAAUGGAAAACAAAAAGUCUAUGCACCUAAGCAGGACCAGUUUGGAGAUUAUGAUGAAAAAGAAAUCAAGAAAAUUGAUGAGAACAUCAACAUGUCUACAGAAAAGUUAAAGAGGUUGCAAGAAACUUUGAAAACACAAGAGACAGAGCUGCGCAAUGUGAACAGUACAUUGACAACCAAGGAUGCAAAAGCUAGAUUAGAAGAACUGACAAAAAAGUGUGACAGAUACCAGGAACGAAUCAAGAACAUCAAGUCAGCUACAAAUCACGUCACACCAGCACAAAAAGAUAAGAUCUACAAAGAACACAAGCAAUUUGUUCAGAUGUGGAGAAAAAGAAAACGAAUGGCCACUGAUAUUUUAAACGGCAUCCUUGAAGGAUAUCCCAAGCCUAAGAAACAACUUAUUGAGGAUAUUGGAAUUGAAACAGAUGAAGAGUAUGGCACAGUCAUACCAAACAGUUGAAAUGCUUAGUACAGAAUAUCAUGCUUUGUGAAUAAUCAGUGCAACGAAAAAGUUCUAUUAUGGCACAGUCACACCACAUGUACAGUCUUAAUUAAUACCUUCUGUGUAACAUAUAUUAUGGCAGAUUAACACAGUGAUGAAGUUCUGUAAUUUCAUUAUGGUCAAACUUGCUUAGGGCUAGGGCCUUUUUCUUUUGCUAUAGCCAAUAAUUUUGGUUCAAAUAAAACUAAGAAACAAAGUCUCCCUGAUUGAAUAUUUAUUAAUAUACUGUUACUGUGUAAGUUAUAUUAAUGAAGUUACAUCAUACGUAAAAUAAUACAUGAUUUCAUUUCUCUCAAGAUUUUUUGUAAUUCUUAUCUUGCACGUAGGAAACCCAUAAUUUACACCUACUGGUAAACAUUGAAGUU